UUGACACUUCUCAUCAGUCAUUUCUCAGUCUUCCAAAUUUUCUCUCUCCACUUUUCCUUUCUUCCUCCUCUCUUCCUCCAAAAAAUGGCUUCACCGCCGAUCACAGCCGUCGCCGCCAUUCUCUUCGCCUUAAUCCUCGCCGUCCUCCCGCCGGCGACUAGUUCCGACGACACCUGCCCAUAUCCCUGCUACCCUCCCCCCACCGGCACCGGCACCGGCGCUCCGGCCAUCCCAUCUCCGCCGUCACAAACGGGUUCCGGCUCUUACUCUCCUCCGGCGUACUACUCGCCGCCGGCUGCAUAUUACCCGUACAACCCGCCGCCGUCCGGCGGCAACAACUUCUACGGCGUCUCUCCGCCGCCGCCGGACCCGAUUCUGCCGUACUUUCCUUACUAUUUCAAGAAGCCUCCUCACCAAUGGGCCGAUGAAUACGGUGGCGCCGCCGUCGCCGGACGCAAAUCGGGGGUCGUGAUCGCCGCCGUAACAUUUGUAUUUAUCUCUCUCUUCUUUAGUUUGAUGUAAUGGAAAGCUAGCUGCUUUUCCCUUUUUAAUUUAAUGAAUUAAUUUUUUUUUUUA